AUGGAGGCCUCAGUAAUAUUACCCAUUCUGAAGAAGAAACUCGCCUUUCUUUCAGGAGGAAAGGACAGACGAAGUGGCCUCAUUCUAACAAUUCCAUUAUGCCUGGAGCAGACAAAUAUGGAUGAGCUGAGUGUCACCUUAGACUAUCUACUCAGCAUUCCAAGUGAAAAAUGUAAGGCUAGAGGAUUUACUGUGAUAGUGGAUGGCAGAAAAUCACAGUGGAAUGUGGUGAAAACAGUAGUCUUAAUGCUACAGAAUGUUGUUCCAGCUGAGGUGUCCCUCGUUUGUGUAGUGAAGCCAGAUGAAUUCUGGGAUAAAAAAGUAACACAUUUUUGUUUUUGGAAAGAAAAGGAUAGACUUGGCUUUGAGGUUAUUUUAGUGUCUGCCAAUAAACUGACAAGAUACAUAGAACCAUGCCAGCUAACAGAAGAUUUUGGUGGGAGUCUUACCUAUGAUCACAUGGACUGGCUAAAUAAGAGGCUGGUUUUUGAGAAAUUUACAAAGGAGUCUACAUCAUUAUUAGAUGAACUUGCUUUGAUUAACAAUGGAAGUGAUAAAGGAAAUCAGCAAGAGAAAGAAAGGUCUGUGGAUUUAAACUUUCUUCCAUCAGUUGAUCCUGAAACGGUUCUUCAAACAGGACAUGAAUUAUUGUCCGAAUUGCAGCAGCGUCGAUUUAAUGGCUCAGAUGGAGGGGUCUCAUGGUCUCCUAUGGAUGAUGAACUGCUGGCACAGCCACAAGUUAUGAAAUUGUUAGAUUCACUACGAGAGCAAUAUACUCGCUACCAGGAAGUUUGUAGGCAACGUAGUAAGCGCACACAGUUAGAAGAGAUUCAACAGAAGGUAAUGCAGGUUGUGAACUGGCUUGAAGGGCCUGGAUCGGAACAACUAAGAGCCCAGUGGGGCAUUGGAGACUCGAUGAGGGCUUCGCAGGCCUUGCAGCAGAAGCAUGAAGAGAUCGAGAGCCAGCACAGUGAAUGGUUUGCAGUAUAUGUGGAGCUCAAUCAACAGAUUGCUGCACUCUUGAAUGCUGGGGAUGAAGAAGAUCUUGUGGAAUUGAAAUCACUGCAGCAACAACUGAGUGAUGUUUGUUAUCGACAAGCCAGUCAGCUGGAAUUUAGGCAAAAUCUGUUACAAGCAGCUCUCGAAUUUCAUGGGGUCGCCCAAGAUUUGUCUCAGCAGUUGGAUGGCUUAUUAGGGAUGUUGUGCGUAGAUGUAGCACCAGCUGAUGGAGCAUCGAUUCAGCAAACUUUAAAACUGCUUGAAGAGAAGCUGAAAAGUGUUGAUGUGGGAUUGCAAGGAUUACGUGAAAAAGGUCAAGGUCUUCUGGAUCAGAUCUCCAAUCAGGCAUCUUGGGCCUAUGGAAAGGAUUUAGGGCUCUUCCCUAGACCACUGUCCUAUGCUGUAGAUUUACAAUCUCAGUUGCCUGCUGAGUAUCUUCACCUGGAUACCAUAUACACUCUUAAGGUACGAUGUGAAGACAUGGUAGAUGUACGAAGGUUAAAGAUGCUUCAGAUGGUACAGUUAUUUAAAUGUGAGGAAGAUGCCGCCCAGGCAGUAGAGUGGCUAAGCGAACUUCUGGAUGCUCUGCUGAAGACCCACGUCAGAUUGGGCGACGAUGCUCAGGAAACAAAAGUUUUACUGGAAAAGCACAGAAAAUUUGUUGAUGUUGCACAGAGCACGUAUGACUAUGGAAGACAGUUGUUACAGGCCACAGUUGUGUUAUGCCAGUCUUUGCGCUGCACAUCUCGAUCAUCUGGGGAUACGCUUCCUCGACUGAACAGAGUAUGGAAACAGUUCACGAUAGCAUCUGAAGAAAGAGUACAUAGAUUGGAAAUGGCUAUUGCAUUUCACUCAAAUGCAGAAAAGAUUUUGCAAGAUUGUCCAGAAGAGCCUGAAGCUAUUAAUGAUGAGGAGCAAUUUGAUGAAAUUGAAGCAGUUGGGAAAUCACUUUUGGAUAGAUUAACUGUUCCUGUAGUUUAUCCUGAUGGAACUGAACAGUAUUUUGGGAGUCCAAGUGACAUGGCUUCUACUGCAGAACACAUCAGAGACAGGAUGAAACUCGUUAGUCUCAAAAGACAGCAACUCAGACAUCCUGAAAUGGUGACCACCGAGAGCUAAUAACUGCCACCACCCCACAGACCUGCAGUUCAUACUCCCACAUGUGGCUGGCAAACGACAGCAUUAGACACAAUACAGUCAGCUGCAUUUCAUAGCCAAGAUAAGCCUCAUUUCUUCCUGUUACACAUUUCUCUCUACAUGUUAACACCUUCUAAACUAUGAGGGCAUAAUUAACAUGCUUUGAGACCUUAGACUCCAAGUAUCUUAAAAGAAGGAACUAUAAACAUUGCACUGAAAACUUGCUUUAAAGCUUUAUCUGACCUAACAGUUUGUAGAUGAAAAACUGAUAAUAAGCUUUGAAUGGUGCUAACAAAAGUUUAGGAGCUCUCUAUAGAAAAAAAAAAUAAAAACAACUUGCCCUUCCUCCCCCAGUGAUGUAGAAAAUUUAGGCUGUAGUUAAACUGUUAUCAGUAGACAAUAGUGUCCUCAAAAUUUUGCUUCAUAAGUUUUCUUCAAAAUGUAUUAUUUUUAUUGUGUUAAUAUGGAGAAAACCCUUCAGAUCUUUGAUAUAUCAUAUUCAUUAAGAGACAUUUUCCUAUUUGUAUUGAUAAUGUAUUAAAAAUGUUGUUUGUGCUUAAUAAAAGGUUUCUUUGAA